GACCUGCGCAUGGACGCAGCGACGCAGACACGUGUUGUUUUCAUGAGUUCCCAGUAACUGUGACUUUUCUGUUCUCGAGUCUCGUGUAAAAACCGCAGCAUAAAAGAUGGGGAAAAAACUGAAAGUUGGAAAGAGCCGAAAAGAUAAAUUCUACCAUCUGGCAAAAGAAUCAGGUUAUCGCUCUCGUUCGUCCUUCAAGCUCAUCCAGCUUAAUCGUAAAUUCCAGUUUCUUCAGAAGGCCAGAGCUCUGAUCGACCUGUGCGCUGCUCCUGGAGGAUGGUUGCAGGUUGCGUCCAAGUUUAUGCCUGUUUCAAGUCUCAUUAUUGGUGUUGACUUGGUCCCAAUAAGGCCCAUCCCCAAUGUAGUGACGCUGCAAGAAGACAUCACCAGUGAGAAAUGCAAACAGGCUCUCCGUAAGGAGCUUCAAACGUGGAAAGUUGAUGUAGUGUUAAAUGAUGGAGCCCCUAAUGUUGGAGCCAACUGGCAGCAUGAUGCCUUUUCCCAGGCUCACCUGACUCUCAUGGCACUGAAGUUGGCCUGUGACUACCUGAACAAAGGUGGCACUUUCAUCACCAAAGUUUUCCGCUCCAAGGAUUAUCAGUCGCUGCUCUGGAUUUUCCAGCAGUUCUUCAAAAAAGUGCAGGCCACCAAGCCACAGGCAUCAAGGAAUGAGUCAGCUGAGAUCUUUGUCAUCUGUCAGGGUUUUGUGGCACCAGACAAAAUCGACAGUAAAUUCUUUGACCCUAAACAUGCGUUCAAAGAGGUUGAGGUACAGGCCAAAACUGUGAGGGAUCUGAUUGCUGUCAAGAAGCCAAAGGCUGAGGGCUACACGGAUGGAGAUUUGACGCUCUACCACAGUUUCACAGUGACGACUUUUCUGAAAGCAGACAACGCAGUAGACUUUCUUGCAAAAGCCAGCGAGAUUACCUUCGACAAUCCAGAACUGGAGUCCCACUACACCACCAGUAAUGAAAUAAAGGAGUGUUGUCGUGACAUCAAAGUCCUGGGACGUAAAGAACUCCGUCUGCUACUGAACUGGAGGAGACAACUGAGAAGAUACCUCGCAAAGAAACUGAAGCAGGAGGCCAAACAGCCCGACCAGGGGAUCAGUUUAAGUUCGGAUGAAGAAGGCAGUAAUUCAGAGGAUGAAUCAGACAAGAAGAAGAAGAAGAAGGAGGUGGAGAAGGAGGAAGAAGUCCAAGGGGAUGAUGAUGAUGAGGAAGAAAUGGAGAAAAAAUUGGCAGAGCUGAAAGUUGAGGAGGUUGCUGACCUCAAACGGAAAAAGAGGAAGCUGUUGAAGGAGAGGAGGAAGCAGAGAGAGAGGGUGGAGCUGAAGAUGGACCUGCCUGGUGUCUCCAUCGCCAGCACCACUGACUCAUCCUUGUUCUCACUCUCCUCCAUCAAGAAAUCAAAGGUGAUGGCCGAUAUCUCUAAAGGAGACAUGCAAGCCGCUGACAAUCUGGAGGACGGGGAAGAUGAACUUCACUUUUCAGACGAGGAAGAUGAUGAGGCAGAUCAAAUGUCCCUGGCAUCUGAUUUAGAUGAAGAUGAUUUGGAAGAGGUGGGGCAGAGACAGAAAGCACUGGAUAAAAAGGCACCAAAGAAAAAGGUGACGUUCACUGAGGAGGACGAGGAGGAGGAGCAGCAGAAUGGCUUGCUGGUGGAAUUGGAGGGAAAGGAUGAGAAAAAAGAGCGAGAGACAGACCUUUGGUUCAGCAAGGGCAUCUUUGCUGAGAUUAACCUUGAAGGAGACGCAGAGAGCGAGCUCAAACAGACAGAGUGGCUACAGAGCAAUAAGCCAGGAAAAGGCAAGAAAAGGAAAGCUGAGGCAGAACCAAAUGUGGAGGAAACACAGAAGACCCAGGAUGUGCCUGCUCCUCCAGAUAAUGAAAAAGCAGGACCUUCACAGGGAGCUGCGAAGGAAAAUGACAGCGACUUGGACGACAGCAGCGAUGAAGAGGAGAUUAUCAAAAUGAAGCACGCCAAAGGGACUGGUGGGAUAUCAGGAGAGGCUGCUGACGACAACAUCAAGGUUGUUCCUGUCGAAAGUAUCAGCAAGAAAGCCAGGAUCCUGGAUGCAGAAGGCCUGGCGCUGGGAUGUCAGAUCGCCACAUCACAGAAGAGGGCAAGAGACCUGGUGGACAAUUCCUUUCACAGGUUUGCUUCCUCCGAUGAGCCGUGGGAGGUACCAGAGUGGUUCUUGGAUGAUGAACGCAAACACAGGAAGAAGCCCAUCCCAGUCACCAAGGAGAUGGUGGAUGAUUACAAAGAAAAAUGGAAGGAGAUCAACGCCCGCCCUAUCAAGCGAGUUGCUGAGGCCAAAGCCAGGAAGAAGAGGAGGAUGCUGAAGAAGAUGGAGCAAGCCAAGAAGAAGGCAGAGGCUGUUGUCAACACCGUGGACAUCUCUGAAAGGGAGAAGAUGGCUCAGUUGAAGAGUAUCUACAAGAAAGCAGGAUUGGGGAAGGAAAAGAGAGAAGUAACAUAUGUAGUAGCCAAGAAAGGAGCUGGCAAGAAGGUGAGACGACCUCCUGGCCUCAAAGGACAAUUCAAAGUGGUGGACAGUCGUAUGAAGAAAGACAUGAGGGGAAUGCAGAGGAAAGAACAAAAUGCCAAAGGGGGCAAAGGAAAAGGAAAACAGUCCAAGGGUGCCAAAGGAAGAGCGAAGGGGGGUAAAGGGAAAAGAGGAAAAUGAACCCCUAACACUUUUCACAAUCUUGCCUUCAAAGUAAUCUUUGCCUCAUGUUGCUGGUGAGCAAUCGUGUAGCUUGGUGACUUAAGAUGCUCUUUGCUCAUUUGAAAAAAUGAACUUUGAUCACUGCAAUGGAUGCCCUACAUUUAAUAACCUUGGGCAAAGUUAUUUUAAGUCCUGGAGACUUCAGACAUGUUCUAGGGAUUUUAGUACCACGAACAUCUUUUUAUAGAUGGAGCUUGACUGCCCGCAGCUCCUUUCCUGCAGUUCAAUGAACAGAUAAUUGUAAUUCAACGUUUAUGGCAAUAUGUGUGUUCCACAAAUUGUGUAAAUAUCAAAUACAUGUAUUUGCAAUAAAUGUUUUGUUGAAAGCA